AUGCAAGCACAAAAUACUUGUAGAUUGGAAUCUACCACUGGACCCUGUGUUGAAACCCAACCUUCUUGUGAUUCACAAAUUAACUCUGUGCCUUGUGAACUGGAUGCCCAUCCUACUUGUAACUCACAAACUACCUCUGCUCAUAGGGUAAUGGUAGACCAGCCUGCUUUUGAAUCAGGUAACCCCCAAAAAUAACAGCUAGUAAACUUAAUUGUUAACGCAAGUUAACUUAUUUGUUUAGUCUCAGUGCUCAGUUUGAAAGCAUCGUUCUCAUUUAUUGCUGACAAUGCUGAUAUGUAGAGUACUACUUGCAGAGUAUUAUUAUCGUUGACGACUGUGAUGAUAAAUGAUUUUGAUAGCCUUACCUAUGUGCCACAGGGGACUGUUACAUAUUACUACCAGUUUCUCAUUCAUUACUACUCUGUAUAUGUACUUCAUUGAGUUCUUGUCCCCAACUUAUUUGACAGAUGCCCUGGGGAACCUCAAGGCAAUUUUUCCAGCAAAGAGUGAACUUUAUUUGGCUGAGAAACUGCAGUGUUCAAAUGGUGAUUUACAACAGACUGUCCUGUCCAUUCUUCAUGAACAAGGUUUGUAACAAACAAGUUGUCAUCAUCUUAUAAGCACAGUGCUGAAUUCCUUCAUGAUCAUGAACAAGUGCAUUGCCGGAGAAGAAAUCUUUCCAAUGCAGCAAUGGCUGGGGCUAAAAUAACUGUUUUGUAGUUUUAGGUAUCAGGAAUAUCCAUACCUACCUCAGAUUGUUUUGGUUUCUUCUGGGGGCAGGGGUGGAGGGAUGGCAAAAACCAAAUUGUAUGAAGCUAAAUUAACUGAAUCUGCUGAAAGGUGAAGGUUUGAGGCAGGAGGGUCUCAAAGGGAAAAAACUUUGAUAGGGGAGGUAUGAUUUAUGAAUGUUCUCUGCAUCCACACAUGGCUCCUGCAGGACAUUUAAGUUCUAGCUGGAGUGAUGGAUGCAAUUUUGAACAUUAUUUUGAUUGUAGCAAUCAUUGACACUUUUGUUUCUUCUGUUUAAAGUGUCAAAGUUGUGUUUGUGAUGGUGCUUGUGAGCACUGUGACAAACAGAAUAGUGCCUUUGUCUUUGCACAAAGAAGCUACACUUAAUAUAACAAAAGGGAACUUUAUUUCUUUUAGAUCCUGGUGACACCCAAGAUGCGUUUGAGUUGCCAUUGUGUACAGUGAGAGAACCACCUGAUAAAAGCCUUGCUAGAUAUCAAGCAAAAAUGGUCAGCCACAGUCCCAGAAGACAGCUCAUUACAGUACAACGAUCUUCCAACAAUAUUAUAACAGAUGUCCUCAAAGAAUACAAACGUGGUUCAUUUGAUAUCCAAAAAGUUCCAGAUGUGGAAUUCAUUGGAGAAGAAGGCAUUGAUGCAAAAGGCUUGACAAGAGAGUUUUCUCAUAUUAUGAUGUCCUGUCUUCGGGAAGGAAAGGGUGGAAUUGCUUUUUUUGAGGGAGAGAUGGACCAUUUGUUGCCAGUUCACUGUGCAGCUUAUGUUGCAUCUAACUAUUUUUCCUAUGUUGGGAAGAUGAUUGCCCACUCUGUCCUUCACAGUGGCAUUGGCAUGGUUGGAUUAUCUAGAGCCCUGUGCACUUUACUCAUCACCAGUAACAUGGAGAGGGCAAUGUUAGACAUAACAGUGAGUGAUGUUCCAGAUGUGGAAUUGAGAGCAACUGUUGAAAAGGUAUGUAAUGUAUGUGUAACGAUAGCGGUCCCAAACACUAAAGAAGGACGCUAAAGGUGAUCGAUACAGUAACAGAUUUUAAUGGCGGCCUCCAACUACAACAAAACCAAGCACCUGGUUUCCCCUGGGUCACGUGAUCUAAAACCACAGGCAUACCAUGACAGUAUGUACAUUGGUUUAAUUUUGUUCCUCUGAAAAUAAAUUAAAAUUUUGUUUUCCUGACGAUGAAAGACAAAGGAAAACUUAAAUAAGUCAAAAUGGAUCACCGUUCAAACCAAAAUGGCAAUCAAACUACAACAUUAAAAUUAUUGGCUUGGAAUCCACAUGCACUAAGUCACCUUUGGACAGACAAGGAUACAAAUUUAAUUACUAAUACUUACUUUCAUUUUGGCAUAAUUUAAGCAUCACCUGUCUUUUGUCUGGUUGGUGUUAUUGUUUAUGGCUUUGUUGUAAGAUUUUCCUCCAAAAUGAUCACAAAAAUCAAUCAACUCAAAUUGGUAGGGUUAGAGGGGAGCAUUGUGGCAGAGACUAAUGGAGAAAAUCAAAAGAAAGUUAUCAGGGUUCAGGUAUGGCAAAAAUACAUUGGAAUGUUAAAUUAGCAAAAACUGACGGUUUCCUAUUACUUGCAGUGAAUUCAUUUUUAGAUUUUUAGCUUGUUUCGCACAUUCCAUAAAAAUUGGUUGCCAUAGCAACUUGUACAGGGAAAUGGUACUGUUAUUUCAUAUUUGUUUUGUACAAUUUACUUUUCUAUUCAGAUACAGAAUGCACAGGCUGAUGAGGACCUUCACCUUACAGAGAGUGAAUUGCUUCUCCUAACAGAGGCAGGAUUUGCAAAUGAAAUCCUUACGGUAGCUAACAAGUACAGAGCAUGCCAGCGCCUGAUGACCCAUUUGGUUUUUAGAGCAAGAAGAGAGGAAAUUGACCAGAUGAGAGAUGGAAUGGAAAGUGUCUCUCUAAUUUCAUUUCUUCAGAUCUCUGAGGCAUGCUGGAAAGUUGUGUUCCCUGCUUCUAGUGAUGUUCAAAUUAAUGCAGAAGCCUUCCUUGACCGUAUAUCAAAUGCUUCAUUGGCUGGGCUUUCAAGCAGAGAGAGUGAAACCAUGGAAUGGUUACGAAAGUAUGUUAGAGAGGUUGAGGAUGGCAUUGAAGGUAAUUAUUUCAUAACUGUGAAAAAUAAGUUUUGAACAAGAUCUGUGCAGUUUAACGUGCAAUUUGUUCCAGUUUCCUGAAAUUCCAAGGCCAUUUUCUAAGCUAAGAACCUGUUUAAUUUUUUAGGCUAACCUGCUUCUUAUGUAAGGGGGAUGUAAAAUGAAAUGUUUAGCCUAACAGGUUCUUACCAUAAACACCGGCUUAUAAGCCGCACUCGUAGAUAAGCCGCACCCCGAGUUUGACAACUCAUAUUUUGGAAAAACAAUUGGAAAGACAUUAAAAUAAAUCAAAAGUGGAGUCUUGAUAAAGAUGCCUUACAUGUACAUGCAUUUUUUCUUCAAGUUUCUUAAACGUUGACCACCCGUCAGCCUGCGUACAUUUAACUCACUUACCUUGAAAACAGAGAAUACUAAAACUCUUACCUAUAAUUUUAGCUCUGUAAUAGUCUGAAAAUCCGACUUUGACAUAUAUUUGAUCUUUCUCUGGUAUUUUUAAUUCCUGUCCAUUUUUCAGUAGAAUUAGACAUGCAAGAACAUGGAGAACACGGGUGUUCAGAUGGUUCGUUCGUUCGUAGCUUUGUAGCCAGGCAUUUCAUCAGGAGAUGGAGUACUGGAAACGAGUAUUCCAGAUGUUCUCGCAGAUAAGUUGCAUCCCCGAUUUGAUACGAAAAUUUUGAGCAAAAAGUUGCGGCGUAUACACCGGUCUUUACGGUAAAUUCUAGGUUGUUAUAUGUGGGUGUUUACUGUAUACCAAACCAAUCAAGAAUGGGUGGCAAAAAGCCUUGUCCCUAGAGUCUUUAUCAUAAUACUGAUUUCUCAAUUCAUGCAGAUGUUCUUUUACCCACAUAUAUCUAAGCACCAUAUAAUUUUGUUUAAAAUAUAGCCACACCCUUAAUGUGCCUCCUGUCAUUGUCAAAGCCACCCAACUUACAUGUAUCUCAUUAGCUUACUGUAACUUGCACUUUUACAUGAUGGAAAGAAGGUGAUGCCAUCGACAAACAGAAAUCAAGUGAUUUUCAUUAGGAGACUGCUUAAGCAGAAACCUGUGAUAUUCUUAAGUGUCAGAAUUGUGUCAGCAGGUCCAUGUUGUGGCGAAAUACAAAGGUAUCAGCAUCCUUGUCGGAGGAAAUCAGUCAUACAAUACCAUAUCAUAGCAUAGGUAUCUUUAAUUGUGGAAACAGGAACCAGUUUAAGAACCUAGAUAACAUAAAACUACUAUAUAUACCAUUUUUAAGACCCUAUUAUUUUAGCCUACAUGUAAAUCUAGGUUCUUAUAUGCAGGUGUUUACUGUAACUGACUAUCGGAGGCUGGUUGUAAGUCUGUUGUUACAGGUAUGUGUUAAUUAACAUAUCCAUAAUUUUAUUGUCUUUCUUCCCUUUUCGUAAGCAGAAGCUGAUGAGGGUACACUUUCCAGUCUCCCAUCCAUGGCAGAGGUUACACAGUUCGUAGUUGGCCAUCCCUAUCUUCCUUCAGAACAGAUCAACAUUGCAUUUGGACCAGGCCCAUUUCCAGACCCAGACGCAUGCUUUCUUUCAAUUACACUGCCAAACUUUCACGGUAGUUACAAAGAAUUCAGACAAGCUAUGAACAUUGCAAUUACAUCACAACAUGUUGGUUUUGGUAGAGGAUAG